AUGUCCAAAGCCCAUCUCUUUCACUCCCCCGAGGGUCUCGUGGCCAAAUCUCUCCGAGGCCUCAUCUCCUACAACCCGUCCCUGUCUCUGGACGAGACGAACCGUGUGGUUUUUGACACCAAGCAUGACCCUUCCAAGGUCAGCAUCAUCUCGGGUGGCGGAUCUGGUCAUGAGCCGGCGUGGAGCGGCUAUGUAGGCGACAAUAUGCUUGCUGCCUCGGUGGGCGGCGACAUCUUUGCCAGCCCGUCCACCAGGCAGAUACUGGCCGCCAUCGACGCCGUCCCUAGCAAUAAAGGCUCCAUUCUGGUUGUCACAAACUAUACUGGCGAUUGUUUGCACUUUGGCCUGGCAAACGAAAAGGCCGUGGCCAGAGGCCACCGCUGUAGGAUGAUCAUCUGCGGCGACGACGUCUCCGUCGGCAGAAAGGGAAGCCUGGUCGGCCGCAGAGGACUUGCUGGCCAGAUCGGUGUCCUGAAGAUCAUGGGCGGUGCCGCAGGCCAGGGAGACUCUCUGGACGAGGUCUACGACCUGGGCGUGGCCUUUUCCCAGCAGAUCGUGUCCAUCGCGGCCACCCUGGACCACUGCCACGUUCCUGGACGCACAGAACACGCCAUGCUUGGUCACGACGAGGUCGAGAUCGGCACGGGCCCGCACAACGAGCCUGGCUACCGAAAGCUCUCCCCAGCCCCCUCGGCCGAGGAACUCGUCGCGCAGAUCCUCGAGUACUGCCUGCAAGAGAAAGAUCCAGAGCGGGCCUACGUCAAGUUUGCUCCUGGCGACGAGACGUUCCUCCUCAUCAGCAAUUUUGGCGGCAUGUCCCAGCUGGAAAUGGGCGCUCUGGCGGACGAGAUCCUGGAGCAGCUGGCGCGCGACUGGAAUAUCGAGCCGGAGCGGGUCUACGUCGGCCCUCUGGAGACGUCUCUCAACGCGCCCGCCUUCUCCGUCUCUGUCAUCAACGUCACGGCGGCAGCAAGGGACUGCUCCUAUUCCGUCGAGCAGAUCAAAGCCUUUGCCGAUGCCAAGACGACCACCUUUUGGGAGUCUGUCGCAGGUGUGCAGGGUGCUCGGCGCAAGCGACACCAUCAGCUCGUGAAGCCGCCGCCCGUGGCGCCCAAGAAGGUCGUGCCAGAGGACGCCGACGAGGCCAAUGAUCUCAAGGUCGACCCAGCCGUGCUUGACCAGAUGCUGAGGAGUGCCUGCAGUGCGCUCGUCCAGGCUGAGCCAGACCUGACCAAGUGGGACACCGUCAUGGGCGACGGUGACUGUGGGGAGACGCUGAAGACGGGCGCCACCAGCCUGGUCGCAGCCCUGGACAGCAAGAAACUUGCUGCGAGGGGCUCUGUGCUCCUGGUGUUGCAGGAAGUGGAGGACAUUGUCGAGACCAAGAUGGGCGGUACCCUGGGUGGCAUCCUGGGCAUCUUCUUUGUGUCCCUCCGCCAUGCGAUCGAGCGCAACGUGAGCGCGGGCCAGACCAAGGAUGCCGCGCAGAUCUGGGGCCGUUCUCUCUCUGCUGCACUCGAGCAGUUGUCAAAGUAUACGCCCGCCAAGGUCGGCGAUCGAACCGUCAUGGACACCCUGAUCCCUUUUGCCGAGGCGAUUCAGAACGUCGGCACCUUUGACGAAGGGGUUCUCGCUGCUACGAAGGGCGCAGAUGCGACUAGGAAGAUGGCGCCCAGGCUCGGUAGGGCUACGUAUGUUGCUGCAGGACGGCAGAAUGGGGGCUCGGGCGUGUUGCCACCGGAUCCUGGGGCCUGGGGAGCCAUGGUGGCCAUCCAAGGGUUGAGGGAUGGACAGGUCAUCUGA